CCUCAGUUCUAUCUCCAUCUCACAUCUGGUCGUUGGCUUUUUCUGAAAAGUCACCUCGCUCAACAAAGACAAUGCCCUUCGAGGACAGAAGCUCCGAACGCAGUGCUCGACGCACAAGUCUCAAAGUCGUCAGAAAAAAGAUCAAUAAGCUCGGAAAUGGAUACCUGGAUGACUCCGACCUGAAAGCCGCUGGCGUGAACCGUCAACCCAUGUCUCUUGAAGAAAACGCCAUCCUGCCUCGAUUCUUUGCCCCUUACAAAGGCAUGAUCGUCCCACCUCAGGACCAGGAAGCCAUCAAUGAUCUAGCAGACAGCUUCCCCCGAUUUGACAAACUCAUCUUCGAAGACCGUGCGGACUCCGCGCAGCAUUUUGUGCAUGAAUACAUCCAGAGUGGCAUAUUACCGCAGGACGAAGAGUUUCCGCUUGUACCUCAAUAUAAGGACUGGGGCAAAUUCGGCUUCCCUGAUCUCGUCGAAAUUCUCGGCAAACCAACCUGGCAAUUCAUGACGGCCUGGCACAUGCCGCUGCGCAAUCAGCCCCAUAUCAAGUGCAUGCUCUGCACCGACAUUGUCGCCGAGGACCGUCUCUUAUAUAGCGAGAUGGUCUCAAUCCUCGAGAUCAUCCGGCAGCGUCUGAGAGCCCGAGAGACCCGCCUGCACAUCGAUGCUCCGGUAAGCUUGCCUCUCUCUCUCUCGCGUCUUGUUUUUCCUAAAUCCUGUACAUAAACUUGAUACUAACGCGCUGCUCAGGUCUUUCUCUACUCAUUCAUUG